UUUUUUGUACCUAUAUAUUUCUGGACCGUGGUACCGUAUGCACCGGCAAUCCGGACUCGGAGCGUCUUUGAGACCUCCGACUGGGGACUGUGUUGUGCAUCAUUUACCAGCUGAGAUCAUCGCCUUCUGAAUUCGUUUUGUGAUGACUGAUAGUCACUACACAUUUGGUUUUCUACUUACCUUCAAAGUGGCUCUACGCUGCGGCUGACCGGUGACCGUUGGCUGACAUCCUCUGCUCGAUAUGAUAAAAUACGAACGAUAUCCUAUUGACUUCCCGUAAUCCUCCUCAUCUCCUGGCAGAUGGCACCAGUCCAUGUCCUCGACCAAUAUUACCUUGGCAUCACACUCCUUGUCACCGCUGCAUGGCAGCUCAUCGCAUUCGCCGUUGCAUGGAAGUUCAAGACCGAUAAGAUCACCGACUUUGCUGGUGGCGUAAACUUUUUGAUCCUCGCGUUGAUGACUCUCCUCCUGGGUAACACAUAUUGCGGUCGAAAUGUUGCAGUUAGUUACUUUGUGAUGAUAUGGGCGGCACGGCUUGCAGGUUUCUUGUUACUUCGCGUUUUGACGAGAGGACGCGAUGCGAGGUUUGACGGGUUCAGGGAAAACUUCGGAAAGAUCUUUGGAUUUUGGAUAGGUCAAAUUGUUUGGGUCUGGGUUGUUUCGCUCCCCAUCACCAUCCUCAAUUCUCCGUCUACUGCCGGUCCUUCCCCGUCCAUACACGUCUGCCACCCAAAUUUCGGGACAUCGCGUGAUAUCGCCGGCGUCGUUUUGUGGGGUAUCGGCUGGUCUAUUGAAGUUGUAGCAGACUUGCAGAAGUUCUUGUUCAAAUCAACGGGACCUCCGCCGGAUGUCAUCAUGAACAGCGGUCUUUGGCGAUAUUCUCGGCACCCCCCUUACUUUGGAGAGAUUCUUUGUUGGUGGGGCAUUUGGAUCAUCUCAAUUUCCCCUGCCACUUCAAGCACGUCAGGUCUCAGUGACUCUGCAAAGUCAGCACAGUUUGGCGCCGUUGUCUCUCCGAUCUUGACAAUGAUUCUACUCCUCUUUGCAUCAGGUAUCCCUCCCGCAGAACGCUCCGUGGCCCAAAAGUUCCAGAAGCUCUCUCAAGACGAUAAACGGACCGCCAAUACUGCGAAACCCAAUUCUGGGACCGCUCCAACAGUAAACACUUCCCCAACUACCAACAGCACUUCCCCAGCCGGCGCGGCGAACCCGACUCCAGGCAUGAACGUUUCCAAGUCCCUACCGGAAUUGCCUCCCGUACCAAGCCCUUGGGUGGCAUAUCAAGAAUACAUUGCGCGCACAUCAAUUCUCAUUCCUAUCCCACCGCCGCUAUACCUUCGCAUCCCUCGGAUUAUCAAGGAGACAGUGCUGCUGGACUGGCCAUGGUAUCGUAGAGUGGAUCCACCGCAAAGCGAUCAUAGCAGUAAUGGCGAACAGGAGGAGCGCGCUGGUGAUGUCGUCGUCUGAUUUUUUUCUUCUGAUUCGUCGAUUGCUUCUUCUGUUGUCGUUGACCGUCUUUUGUCUUUCUUGGUCAGCGAAUGAUUUGUUACGCCCAUUUAACGAGAUGGUCCAGUGAGUGUUCACAUGAAUAAGUUCAAGUGCGAGUGGAGAUAUGCAGACAAUGUUGACAUUCGGAGGGGUGCCCGACGUUGGAUUGACCUCAUCGUACCUCCGCUUCAGUGGUACUCCAAUUGC